AUGCUGCAGCAAAUCCUGCAUGACGCAUACAUUGACCCUGAGCUGCUGGCUGAGCUUAGCGAUGUGCAGAAGCACAUCCUUUUCUACAAACUGCGGGAGGAGCAGCUGAGGCGCUGGAGGGAGCACGAGGCCCAGGAGGCCCUGGCCCAGGCAGAAGGCCACAUGCCCCCCAAGACCAAGCGAGCUGCGAGUGACAAGCACAUCCAGUGGCUCCUAGGGGCAGAUGGUGAGGUCUGGGUCUGGAUCAUGGGAGAGGGCCCUGGUGACAAGCCCUACGAGGAGAUUUCUGAGGAGCUGAUCACAGAGCGGGCACGGCUGCAGGCGCAGAGGGAGGCCAAGGAACUCUGGAAACAGAAGGAGGCAGAGAUCACUAAGAAGUUCCGGGAUGCACUGGCCAAUGAGAAAGCCCGGAUCCUGGCUGAGAAGUGGAAAGUGGAGAUGGAGGACCGCAAGGCUGCCAAAGUACUGGAGGAGCGGAUCCAUGAGGAGUUCAAGAGGAAAGAGGAAGAGGAGAGGAAGCAAGGAGAAGAGCAGAUCCGCCUCCAGGAGGAGCGCAGGGCAAAGGAACUCUACUGGACCCUGAAGCAGGCCCAGAUGCAGAGCCACGCCAGUGAGAAGGAGGAGCGCGAGUGGGAAGAACAGUUGCGCCGCUCCAAGGCCGCGGACGAGGAGAGGAGCCGUGGUGCCCGGCGUGCCCGGGACGAGUACCGGCGCCAUUCGCUCCGCGCCAUCCAGAAGGGCACCGUCGCGGGCCUCAGCACCAUGUUCCAGGAGCUCGGCCAGAGCCACCAGCAGGAGGCGAGACUCUGCCACCACCUCUCGGGCUCUGGCCCGCCGCUGCCCCUCACGGUGCCCGUCAGGGCCUGGAAGCGCCCCCUGCGUCCGGUCUCUAGAGCAGUCAUCGUCCGAUGGUUUAAGGAGGAGCAGCUGCCUCGACGUGCCUGCUUUGAGAGGAACACCACGUCCAUCGCCCCCUGGUUCCAUGGAGGAAAUUAUCACUGUUUCAGGGGGAGAGUUGCUGCAGGAACCCUGUGGACAGAGGGACAGCCCACCAGACUACCAUCUCUUGUUUGAAUGACUUUUUCUUCUUAUCAGUUGACUCCAUUGGACAUCCUUUUUUUGAACUUAACUGAAGAACUU